CGGCUUGCAUUGGGCGCCGCUAUCGUUGGCCACGUCUCCGGGCCACGUCGCGCAUUACUCGCCAUUUUUCCUUCCAGAACGAGGAAAACGUCGAUUUAGGUGCCUGGCAUACACUCUUGUAAGGUUUUAAACCAGACAGUAACGGAGACAAUAAGUCAUUAUUUGAUUUGACCCCUUAUAGGUUAGUUUGCUCCUGCAGCACCAUCAGAAUCAUGAACAUUUUCAGACUCACGGGUGAUCUCUCCCAUUUAGCAGCCAUCAUCAUCCUACUGCUAAAAAUAUGGAAAACCAGGUCUUGUGCCGGUAUCUCUGGGAAGAGUCAGAUCCUGUUUGCCUUGGUGUUCACCACACGCUACCUGGACCUGCUUACGUCCUUUAUCUCCCUCUAUAACACCUCCAUGAAGGUCAUCUACAUUGGCUGUGCGUAUGCCACUGUGUACCUUAUCUACGCCAAGUUCAAGGCCACUUAUGAUGGUAACCACGAUACCUUCAGAGUAGAGUUCCUGGUUGUUCCAGUGGGAGGGCUGGCAUUUCUCGUCAACCACGACUUCUCUCCCCUCGAGAUCUUGUGGACAUUCUCCAUCUACCUGGAGUCAGUGGCCAUACUGCCCCAGCUCUUCAUGAUAAGUAAGACGGGCGAGGCGGAGACCAUCACCACCCAUUACCUGUUCUUCCUGGGCCUGUACCGGGCCCUUUACCUCAUCAACUGGAUCUGGCGCUUCUACUUUGAAGGCUUUUUCGAUAUGAUUGCCAUUGUGGCUGGUGUUGUUCAGACAAUCCUCUACUGCGACUUCUUCUAUCUGUAUGUAACGAAAGUACUGAAAGGAAAGAAGCUGAGUCUGCCAGCCUAAGUGCCAGCAAAGACCAGCGAUCUGGCAGACUCGCAAGGGAGGGUUGGCACAGGACACCGUUGACCCCCCCCCCCUCCACUACUCUCCCCACCUGUGUAAGAUGCCUGAGACAGAAUGUGAACCAUUUAGUUUGUCCUGUCUCCUGAUCGCUGUCAGCAUCACACAGGGGCUUGUUCAGGAGGGUGCAAAUGUCUCAGAACGCUCAGAUAGAAAUUUACUGUGAAGAACACAUUUUUGUAGAGCAUUGUCAGCUCUAGUUGUUAUAUUUCUAUCUGCAACGCUUUGAACGCUUCACCUCGCUGAAUACACCCCAGAACAAACCUGAAGUGGCCAUUUCAGAGCCAUUGUACUUCUGUUUGAUGCAUCUUGCCUUACCUUUUUUAAUACUCUGUAUAAAGGAAGAAAAGUAAGAAGUUUUCUACAUAAAAAAGUGUACUCUUGCUCUCUGUAUGAUGAUUUGACACAUUAGUAAAUGGGAGCUGAAAACAUAAAUUGCCUGUGAUUUGGCACUGUAAAAUAGUGAUGCAGACUUCUUGUGGUGGGAUAUUAUUGGCUAAAACAGUUUGUAAAAGUAUUUGCAAUCUUAAUGUACAUUUUUUUUUUCCUGAUUCCCAAUGGAAGGGAAGUUUUCAGGACAUGGAUGCCCUUUGCUUUGGCUUGCAAACCUUUUUGUUUUGAGGAUAUUAGAUUUUAUUUAAAAUCCAACCUAGUGUACAUUCCCUUUAGAGAUGACUAGUUAAACAAUGGUUUAUUCAUGCCCUGAUCAAUUCUUCAUAUUUCCAAACUCACACAAUUCACAAACUAGUGUGCAGCUGGAAUUGACCUGUAAAUGUCAACUAUCAGUAGAUAUAAGAUUUCACAGAGGUGCUGUCACUUCCACAGUAUUGGUAAACUUCCCUUUCAUUUGAAUUGAUACCAAAAUAAAACCUAUUUUCUUGGACCGUG